CUUGCUGUUUGCAACUUGGGCUGCUCAUCGGCCAGGUAUCGUGCGCGCAUUCGCAGUGGAGCAAUGUGCCACAACGCAUCGCUACGUCGGAAACAGUGUCGAUAGAGUUUCGCGCGUUAAGAAAAUAAUAGACUUUAAUGCUUUUCGCUUUUGUACUUGGUGUCUGUGAAUAGUUAAUUAUCUGCAUUUGUAUAGUCUUAAGCUGAAGCAUAAAAAAUUGUUUGUAAUGAAAUGAAGACACAUUACACAUUGUUGGCAUAUCGGAAUUAUGACAAAUGAGAUAAUACGUGGUAACAAAACUGAAAUGUAUGAAAAGUGUUUGAAUGAAAAGUUUUGCAGUGUUUCAAGAAAAAUUAGGUACAUUUUCAGUGUGUGUCAACUGUAAGCGCCAAAAGUUUAAGUGCAUGUAAGGUACGCCGAGUCAUAGCUGAUAAUGACCUCUCGAAUACACACUUGACUAAGUCAACGCGCUUGCAUGCCUAUAAGUGCAAAUCCACAUUUUAAUUAGCUGCGUGCAUACAUACAUACAUACAUACACAGCUGAACACAUGUAUAUAUGUGUAUAGUGUAACAAGCACAUGGGCAAGCGCUCUUUCGACACAUGCAUAAAACAAUUUGGUACACAUAAAUAGUAUUAUAAAAAAAACUGCAAUAAACAACGGCAAAUGCCACAAAACGAUACAGACUAAAGACAAGCUAAAGCAAUGCACAACAGGUUGAGUGAAAACACACAGUUGCAAGGCCAGUGCUUCAAUUAAUAUACACAGAGUGCAACAAUCUCCACUUGUCGUCACAACCAACGAUGGUAACUUGCAGCAUGGUGGACACUGUGCCCAUUUCGAAAAUGAAUACCGCGCAUGCUCGCAAGCCGCUAAGCAGCAAUUCUUCCGGUUUCCGGCUAUUGGAUGCCGAUCACUUGGAAGCAGCCUCAAGCGUCAGCAAAAAUUCUGUUUACAAAUUAAAAAUCGAUUUGAUGUUCGACGACACAAGGUCUAUACGCAGCAACCGGCUUGAUGACACGAGAGGAUCACGUCGAACUCGAUCCAUAAUCAUGUAUGGUCGUAGUGAGUUGGCCAGCACAGGACAGAGUGCUCGAUCUAUUACGAGUUUGUUACAGGAGUCUACCGAAACGACGAAAAAACUUGCAACUUCCACUAAGAAAGACGUACAACGUAUGAGUAAUAGUGUGCAGGAACAAAUUGAGCAGCUGUUCACCGAUGUGGCUAAGGAUGCCACCAGCAGCUUUGCAGUAAUAUACCUGGGCUCCUUACCGUUACAAGAUAAAGUGACUAGCCUUCAAGGGCUUCAAGCACCACUUCGUGAGCUGUAUUUGAAGGAGUUAAAUACCAAGAAAAAAUGUUCUGGUUUUCUGGAAAUUUGUACAACUGGGCUACAAGUUAAAAUGAACACAAAUUAUAAUACAAACACACAGAGUGAAGAGAAUAUUACGCCAUUUCAUAAUAUAGCUGUUUGGUCUGCGGUAAAAUUCGUUGUUUCAGACAGUGAUGGCGGUGCUGCGUUUCUACCGCUCAUUACAGACCCCGAUAAUAUAGACAAAACGUCUUUGUUUCGACCAUUAUGUGGGAAUGAGAAAAAUCAAGUGCCGAGUAAUGGCCAUGCACCGAUAUUUGCAGUGGUAAUGCGAUCCCCUGGAUUGCCUAAGGUUCUAAAAUGUCAUGCUUUUAUUUGUAAAAGUACCGAAGAUGCCAUCGUUAUCGCCGCCACAUUAUACCAGAGCUUAAUGUCCCAUGUGAAUUCUAGUUCUCAUCGCAGUACUAAACGACGUACACCACGUAAUCAAAAUGGCGUUAGUUGUAUCAGUAUUGCUAGUAGUUCGGCACGUACGGGCUCCAAUUACUUAUCACAAUCCCAUGCGCUAUCUAAUGGUCGCAAAAGUUCUUUGCGUAGUUCAAGUGAAAGCUUAGGUGCAGAAAUAGCAACACCUACUCGAUCUGGACGGAGAAAACGUAUUCCUAAUAACACGCUUACUUCCAGCAAUAACGUUAUUAACGAAACGGAGACUACAACGGAAGAAAGAAGACGAAAGUCUCAUAAAAGUAAACGUGCCCCACCUAUUCCUAACGGUAUGCACUCUGGUAAUUCCGUACGCAACAUUAAUAAUCAAGCUGCCAUUGCUCUUAAAGACACAUUUUGUGAUGAUUGUGGAGGUAAACAUAACAACUUCAGAAGAAGAUUCCUACUUUCGAAUAGUGUAAACAGCGCUUACGAUUCAGACAUUUCAGGUGGUGGCUUCUUAUCGGUUGCGGACUCAUUGGGAGCGAACUCGAAUAGUGGCCUACGUAAUGAGACCAAUGGAGAUAUACUAACUCGCGUAGCAAUACCUCGAUCCGGUAGCUUCCUAAACACGGGAGGACUUACGCGGUAUAAAUCAAGAGCUGCGCGUAGGCAUUCUGGAAAAUUGGGCGGAGGUGGUGGUUCACCACUUGGUUUCAGCGAACUGUUUAAUGAAUUCCGCUUGCAUGAAAACCUUCAUUCAUUGGACGAGAUUCUUUAUGCCAUAAUUGACGCCGAUGGAAUGUCAUUCAACGAUCUGAAGCCAAUCUACAAAGAAUUCCUACUCAAGUUGGCUGUGACCCUGACGAAGGAUGAACUCUUCCAGCGAUCAAAGAAUAUUAUGCGUCGACAAAGGAAGAAAAAGUUGAAGCGUCGAAGUAACGCUCCAGUAACACAGAAAAAGUCCAAAACCUUGUUGUUUGGAACGAAAAGUUUAAAAAAAGUUCUCCACUUGGGACAAUUUAGGUCCUGUCGCGGCAAACCUCACAUGUCAAAACAGCCCCGGAAUAAGAAAGAGGAAGUCCACAAUCUCAGCAUUAGCAGAACACGCGCAGUUCAACCGACGAUAGGGCGCUCAAAUGACCAGCAGCGGGCACGUGUGGCUACCAGUGGUUCGGACGUUUCGGUGGUGCGUAAAGACAACACACUUCGUGGGCCAAAUAGAAACAGCAGCAGCGGCUACGUCUCUUGUUCUGAGUGCAGCUAUGAUUCAGAGUCAUGUACGUGCACAUCAGCGGACAGAUGUUACUGCAGUCUUCGAACAGAUCACGUCGACAGCAGAUUGCGUCGCAAAAGUGAACGUAACAAUAUCACAUCAAAGAAUUCGAGUAGUGUCAGCAGACGAAAUACGAAUAACUCGCCUGGUGGUAAUAUUAAUCGACAUUCGUUGAUAUCUUGCAAGUCGGACGAAAAAUGCUACUGUUCAAUGGUUGAAGAGGAUAAUGCUUUGCCUGGUGGUGAUUUUGUAAACACACAUUCGGAUACUACGUGGUGUGAUACAGAUAGUUGUGUCAGCACUAGCAAAUGUUAUUGCCAGCGCAGCCAGGCUGAUCGUCAGCAAAGGUCUGUUCGUGAUCACACAAGUACCCCUUUCUCACACAAGGGUAGUGCCAAAGGUCAAACAGCCGCAGAGAAGCUAGCAUUGGACUACGAACUCUUUACGAUAAGUGGUAACAGCAAGUCGGUCCAACCACAUGAAGCUUUAAGUGUUAAGAAAAGUGUAGAAGCAGCUGCUAUUUUUGGCGAUAUGAAGCUUAGCCAAACUACCGACAUUAAGAGCAUUUGUCCACCACCUUCGGUUAAAUCGAAGACUAGCUUAUCAGUUCGAAAUGCGCGCAGCGAAGAAGCAAAGAAGUAUGCACAAUCCGUAAAAAAACGUGAAUCCUCUAGUAUUGAUAGGAGGCACAAGCAUCACAGUACCGGCGCUUUGUCGUCGAGUUCUUCACAAAAAUCUCAUAGCGCCGAAGAUCUAUUGGGCAAAUUGAGAGCAAUGGAGAAGAAUUCCAAAUCAGCAUCGGUGAAGAGCGCCCGCAGCAAAGGCCACACUUUGCUUGGCGAGUUUGAGAAACGUGGUAGUUUUCAUAGUAAUUAUCAGUCGAUGCGCGCUGUGAAUGCCUCUUUGGAAGACACUCUAGGGUAUUUGCCAUAAAUCGAAGUUAUAAACUUACAUACAUAUACCUAUCUACAUAUAUUGCUAAAUAUGUACGAAUUCAAUUAUUAUUGUAAAAUAUCAAUUUGUUUGAAUUUCGCUCGACACCUCCAAGAGGCACUAUUGAGCGAGGUUCAAACUAUUGGCGCACUAACACUGUCACAUACAAUGUGUGUUCAGAGCGAUAUAGAUACUAUAUAUUAUAAGUAUAUUUAACAUUUUCUUAUUCUUCGUAAAUGUGUAAUAUUUAAUUAAUUAAUUAGCACAUUUAAGACAAUAUUCUAAAAAGUGUUCAAUUUAUAUUAUUUUUUAAUUUUAUUACAACUUUAAGUUGAUUUGUGAAUGAAUUUAUAAUUACUGAAUUAAUAUGCAUUUUAGACUUAUAUAUUUUAUAUAGUGGUAUGUGUACAUACAUAUUAACAGAAUAUAUGCUUAGGCUUAACCCGAUAAAACUAUUAUUUCGCUUCAUUGUUUCUGUGCAAUAAAUGAGAAAUACAUAUGCUUAUGUA